CCUGGGAACGAGGGUAUGGUUCACCAUUUUCUGGUCUACAACUGUAAGAAGAACCCGAACAUGACCAUUUGCCAGAGGAACAUCCGGGACAUGAGUGUUUUACUCCCAACAUGCCUCGCGACUGGGGAGAAUGUUAUCAGGGAAGCAUCCUUGUGGCAUGGGCCAUCGGUGGUGGGAGUAUCGUUUACCCAGAGCAGGUUGGUUACCCCAUCGGUGGCGAGGACGACAGUGGCUUUGUGCUGAUGGAAAUGCACUACGACAACCCUAUGUUGGUUUCAGGCACCCAUGACAGUUCAGGCAUCAGGCUGAUAUACACGCCGGAAGUGAGGGAGAACGACAUAGGAACCUUGGAGGUGGGAAUGUUGGUAAACAAAUACCACUUCAUCCCACCGCACGUCAAGGAGUUUACAUCGGCGGCAUUCUGUAGCUCGCAGUGUAUGAACGCGUUCCUGGAGGAGCAGGGACAGCCCAUCCACAUCAUAGGUGCAAGCCUCCAUGCUCACUUACUGGGGGUUAAGCUGCACGCCAGGCUGAUCCGUGACGGCGUGGAGACUGACAUCGUACGGGACGACAAUUACGACUUCGACCUGCAGUACAUGAUGAUGUUGAAGGAGGAACUCACAAUAUACCCCGGAGACAUUCUAAUUACAGAGUGCGUCUACGAUUCGUCACACAAAGAUUCCAUCGUGUAUGGCGGUAUCGGUACACCACAGGAGAUGUGUGAGACCUUCUUCUGGUACUACCCGAGGUUCAACCUGAGUAGGUGCGAUAGCAUGGUAAACGUGAUCAACACUGUCAGCUACGCGGGAGUUCAAGACUUCAAAUUUGACGAAGUUUAUGAUAUCGAAAUAACGGCACCUGCACACAUGGUCAACAUGUCCUAUGAGGAGGUCAUGGAGGCCGUGCCCUGGACGAACGAGAACGGGAAGAUUUUUUCUGACUACCUGAUUAAUUCAACCUUCUACUCGACUUGUCAGGGCAACCAUCUUACUAAAAUCGACACUAAUGCUUUGAUUGGACGGGCCGACCGGUUUCCACGUGGAGUCAGGCGGCCUACAGAAGACAUCUGCAGCCGGAGUUCCUCACCAACCUCUGACCCUGUUGGGGGCUCCACAGCAUUACGGCCACGACUCGCUGCAGUUUAUGCUUUCAUCAUUUACCUUUUGUCUCAUGUAAUUAUGGGGUAAAAGUAGACCAAUUUUGGCUGUGGACUCCAUGUACGUUGGCCGUCAAAUGGAAAACUAUCAGUCCACGGGUAUAUUAUGAAACAGUGGUCAAAAGAAAUAAAGAAUUUGCAAUCUGA